AUGAAGUGCAAAAAGAAGGCAGAGCAGGAUCUAUCAAAUUCUAAAUCACGUGAGCAUUACUGUGUCCAACCUUUAGUUAAUAGUAAUAUGAAUCCAACACGUUCAAAAAUUCAAGCUUCUAAUUCAGAGAAUUUUUCACCUUCAGUUAUUCCUACUCGUUAUGCGGAUAACAACAUCCUUACCUUGAACAAGUAA